CACCCGCCGCAAAGCAAAAAAACCCCAAGCCUCUCUCCUCGCCGUUCUCUGCUUCUCUUCCCCAUGUCUCCCUCCGCGCCGCCGGCCGCCGUCCGCCUUCCGGGGCUGCCCAAGGCUUCGCUGCCGACCUCCUCCUCGCCCUCCAUCCGUCUUCCCCACCUCUCCAUGUCCGCCUCCUCCUCUCCCCGCCCCCGCCCCCUCGCCCCAGCGGCGGCGGCCGCUGGGAGUGGCGCCUCCUCCUCCUCCUCCCUCCUCGCCGCCGACCCGAGCCACCGCGACGCCGUCCUCCUCGCGGCGCGCAGUGCCAUGGCGAACUGCCUCGGCGAGACCAGCCUCGACCUCGCCGUCCCCGGGCUCCGCCUCGUCGCCAAGGGCAAGGUGAGGGACGUGUACGAGAGCGGGGAGCAUCUGGUGCUGGUGACCACCGACCGGCAGAGCGCGUUCGAUCGUGUCCUUGCUUCCAUCCCUUUCAAGGGACAGGUGCUUAACGAAACAAGCCUUUGGUGGUUCAAUAGGACACGUCAUAUCACUCCAAAUGCAGUAGUGUCUUCUCCUGAUAAGAAUGUAACAAUUGCCAAAAGGUGCUCAGUUUUUCCAGUUGAAUUUGUUGUGAGGGGUUAUGUUACUGGAAGCACUGAUACAUCUUUGUGGACGGUUUAUAGUAAGGGUGUGAGGAACUAUUGUGGAAAUGUUCUUCGUGAUGGUAUGGUAAAGAAUCAGAAGCUUUCUGAAAAUAUACUUACACCAACAACUAAAGCUGUAGAUCAUGAUGUUCCUGUCACUCCUGAAGAGAUUAUCAAUUCAGGACUAAUGUCAAAGGAAGAUUUUGAUGAAGCAAGAAGCAAAGCCUUAAGCUUAUUUUCAUAUGGACAGGAAGUAGCCUUAGAGAAUGGACUAAUUCUAGUUGACACAAAGUAUGAGUUUGGAAAAACAGCUGAUGGGACAAUCAUGUUGAUUGAUGAGGUGCACACUCCUGACUCUAGCAGAUAUUGGAUUGCUGAUUCAUAUGAAAAGAGAUUCAAUUCUGGUCUUGAGCCUGAAAAUGUUGACAAGGAGUUCUUAAGGCUGUGGUUCAAGAACAAUUGCAACCCAUAUGAAGAUGCGGUUUUGCCCGAAGCUCCUAACGAACUAGUUUGUGAACUAGCUUGGCGGUAUAUUUUCCUGUUUGAAACAAUUACAAAUACAAAGUUCGAGAUCCCCAAAACACAGGACCCUAUUCACGAAAGGAUAUCUAAGAAUGUUACAGAGGCCUUGCGGAAUCUUUGAUUGAGGAUAAGGGGAAUUUAAGGAGCUAAACUCGCUCUCUGAUGAGAAUAAGAGGUGCACUUCUGGACUUAUGGUACCGACAUUACUAAUGAUAAUAUUAGUAUGCGUUCAUGACAUGUAUCCUUCGAGAUGGCUGUUCGAUGGAUCAGGAAUACGCGUAUGCUCCGUGGUGUAAUGUGGUUUGCAAUAACUAAGCGAAACAGCCUGGCAUAUGCUACCUGCCCUAAUUGUUGCCCUGUUUAGAGGAUCAGAGUGGGAGAUAGCCACGUACUGAUAAUAUUUCAUCCUUUGUCCACCCCAUAUUUUAAAAGAUGACGGAUAAGCUUUUUCGAAAAACUUAUGUAAUUAUAAUUUAUUUUGUUGUGAUUGAAUUUAUUACUGAAUAUAUUAUAAGUAUAAUUUACACUUUACAUAUUUGUACAUAUUUUUAAAAUAAAACAAAAAUCAAAUAUGUGACAAAACUCAAACGGCAGGAGUAAUAUUUCAUGCAUAACAGGCUAAACCUAAACAUAACAAACAUGCCGAGUUAACCAGUUUUCUCUACC